AUGCCUAUACAACCAUUGAAAAAGGAGUUGGUUUCCUUCUUAGAACCAUACAUGCCGGAAAAUGCUGGCGUUUUGGGCGAACAGGAAAAGCCGUACGUUAUUUUAACUUAUGCGCAAUCGUUGGAUGCUCGUAUUGCGAAGAUCAAAGGGACUAGAACUAUUAUCUCUCAUCAAGAAACUAAUACAAUGACCCAUUACCUCCGUUACAAGUUUGACGGUAUCAUGUUGGGUUGUGGUACUGUCUUGGUUGAUGAUCCCGGUUUGAACUGUAAAUGGUGGCCAGAUGAUGAGCCAAAACCAGAACAUUUUGCUGAACAUUCUCCAAGGCCCAUAAUUUUAGAUCCAAACGGGAAAUGGAAGUUUGAGGGUUCCAAGAUGAAAACUUUGUUUGAUUCUGGUGAUGGUAAAGCACCAAUUGUAGUCGUGAAAAAGCUUCCAGAAGUUGUAGAAGAGAACGUUGACUAUUUAGUGAUGCAAACUAAUUUUACAGGUAAAGUGGACUGGCACGAUUUGUUCAUCCAAUUGAAAUCUCAAUUCGGAUUAAAAUCCAUCAUGGUUGAAGGUGGUGGGAUUGUUAUCAAUGAUUUGCUACAGAGACCACACCUUAUCGAUGCCCUGGUCAUCACCGUUGGUGCCACCUUCUUGGGUAGUGAGGGUGUUGAAGUGUCUCCUCUUAUUGAAAUUAAUUUGAAAGAUAUCUCCUGGUGGAAGGGAACAAGGGAUAGCGUGUUAUGUUCACGUCUUGUGAGCCAUUCCUGA